CGAGUUGCAGAAGUUCAGGGACACGCAGCUGUCGGUCUCCGAGCUCAGUAAAACGUAGAGGCGCCGCGGGUCCGACCGGUGUCCACAUCAAAGAUCCAGCACCAUAGAAGAGGAUCCUGAGGAUUGCCUGACAAGUCAACAGCUAUGAAUUCACAAGCUGGUUAUACUAGCAGGAUGCUCUUCCAGACUAUUAAUGAAGAUCUCAACGCCUCCAUGGUGACGGCGGAUGAGCUCUCCCGAGAGUUCAACAGCCUCUUCCAGAAGUGUUCUCCCACCAUUGAGUCAAAUGCUGAGAAGAACAAAACGUGUGUUCCUGAGGUGUCUCAGAAGGUUCCAGAUGCUAGCUACUCCUCGUCCUCAGGGUGGAAGGGAGGUAGCAGCAGUUCACAGACCCAAUACACGUCGGCCCGCUCGGGGGACAUCAGCAACCAGUAUGAUCAGCAGUUGUCUGCCUUCAUCCCACAGCAAACAACUCCAACACCAUCUAGCAAGAGCGGAUUCUCAGUCUCCACCUUAGAUUCCAGAUUCAGUUAUGGUCAAGUGACGCCCCCCAACCGUUCUCCACGAGCACAGAGGCACAUAACCUCCUCCCACUCUCCUGCAUAUGACGGUGGAAAAGGCCAGCUGCCCCGCAGCACCACAGCCUAUGUGGACUGGAACCCCUCCCCUGGAUCCGGCACCUUCACUUACGAUCAGACCCCCCAAAUAACCCUACCACCCUCAGCCACGCCCAUGUCUCCAUACGAGAGCAGCCAAAUGGGCCCGAAAUCCCCGCGGAUGGAGAGAAGCCCUUCCCCUCGCUUUGGACAGUCAGCAUCAAACACCUUGCCUCGCAACUUUACGCCUCUCAGAGCACCAGAUGACGUGCCACGGCAGAAGAGCCCUGGCCACUGGAACGAGACAGACCUGGAUGUUUCUUAUGAGCGAAAGCCGCACCACACCUACAACAAAUCCGAGUGGCUAAGACCCUCAGUGCCAAACAGUAGCUGGAGGGAGUCCAACUUGGAUGCUUCACAUCCUGUGACCAAAAAGGACGUUCAUGGCCGCCAGCACCAUGGAAUGCCUUCUGGAAUACAACUGUCAGCAACCUCUUCUCCGCACACUGGGAACCGCGGCUCAUCCCCUUAUUCCAAUCCCCAACCCAUUAUCUCUCGGAUUUCCAUCCCUCCUGUGAAUCCCCAGGCUCGCCGCAGUCGGCCCAUCCCCCUGUCGGUCAUCAUGCGCCUCCAAAACCCACAUUACUCACUGGCCCGCACACGCUACCCACGUGGACCGCCACCAGAGGAGGUGGGUGGGCAGUACCAGUCAGCCUCACCUAUGAUGACACCUUGGGAAUAUAUUAUUCAGCAGACCCCUCCUAAACAAGUACAGCCAGGAAUCACUGGAGAAGUGCUCAGUCCUGGUGAUAUUGAUGCUGAGCUGGCAAAACCAGAUCUAGUGAAGACCCAGGAUGUUCAUGAAGGUCCAGUGCCAGAGACGAGUGAAGAGGGGGAUGGGGGAGAGUCUGUACCUGUCCUUCGGCCUCUCAGCCCCACCCGCCUCCAGCCUGUUGUGGCCCCUGAGAGCGAAGUGAUCCCAGACCGCCAAGAGCUCUUUCGUAUAUUGGAUGAAAUUCCCAGGGCACUGAAGCGAAGGGGUUCUAUCGAUCAGGGGCUGCCAACGGCAAAGGCUGCCCUCAAGCCCAGCCAGUACAGGCAGGUGAUCAACAAGCUCUUCCACCGGAAGUCAGACAGUCAGAAAGGGGAGCCAGGGAGUGACAGCAGCUCCUCCUCGGAGGGAGAGGAAAGCCAAAGUCUAACCCCAGCACCAGUCAUACCAGUGCGACCUACUCCUGACAAGAAGAGUAAGAACUCCAUCCUGAGGCUGCCGGGUUGCGAGCGCAAGAUCUCUGGGCGCCGAGCCCGUCUGAGUCCGCUGGUUUUACUGCUGGAUGGUGCGUUGGUGGGGGAGCUAGAAAUAGUGCAGAAAGCUGUGCAGGAGAUGAGUGACCCCAGCCAGCCAAAUGACGAGGGUAUCACUGCACUGCAUAAUGCAAUCUGCGGUGGGCACUACUCCGUUGUCGACUUCCUGGUGCGAAUCGGAGCCAACGUGAGCGCCCCGGACAGCCACGGCUGGACCCCCCUGCACUGCGCGGCCUCCUGCAAUGACAAGCCUCUGUGCGAGUACCUGGUGAGGAACGGUGCGGCCGUGAUGGCGGUGACAGAGAGCGAUUGGGCCACGGCCUCCCAGAAGUGUGAUCCCUACACAGUGGGCUUUGAAGAGUGUGAGAGCUUCCUCAGGGGCGUGGAGGAAGCCAUGGGUGUGGAGAACAGCGGCGUGCUGUAUGCCCUGUGGAGCUACCCAGCACAGGCCCCUGAUGAGCUGAGCUUCCGGGAAGGGGACAUGGUGACCAUCCUGCAGAAGCCAGAGGGCUCCGACUGGUGGUGGGCGUCGCUCUGCGGCAGGGAGGGAUUCGUCCCCAACAAUUACUUUGGGCUUUUCCCAAAAGUUCGCCCCAAAUCCCUCUGCUAAAUGGAUGCCUCUCAUUUGGAUGUCUCGAGGAUGCUUGGAGACCGGUUCUGGAUUCGUUCCAUUUGCACGGCCGCACCAUGCGCCAGAAAGCCAACAGUAACAUGUAGGCUGGGCACCAGAUGUUCUUCAUAUUCCUAUCAUGGAAACAUGUCUGUAAGUGUUCAAAUGCAGCAGUGCAUCAGUGUUGUGUUCUCUCCCUCCCUCCCUCUCCAAGACAGACCUGGUUUUCGUACUGCACACUAUAAACUUAAUUGGCAGUAUGGCUUGGGCUUUUCAAGCAUUUUGUUUCUUCAUGUGUUUGGACUUGUACUUCUCCGGAGUUCAUGGACUGAAGAUGAAGAAGCACCGUGCAUCUUUUGGAUAGAGUUUACGUAGCCCUUUCUUUUUAGAGUUCCUGACUUCACUUAAGACGUUUUGCUGCUUGGGUUCUGCAAAGCCAACAACACAUAUUUGUGGGAGCAAAUUAAAGAGGCCUUUGAACAUUUAAUGACUAUGCAAUUCAUCUGUAUAUAUCCAUGCCGAGUCGCUCUUUCAUUGAGCGGUCAUUUAUGCCCUUUUAUGAAUGGGUGCCUUUUUUAUAAGAACGCAGAAUAUUCAAGAUCCACUUCUAGUCGUUACCCAGUUGAAAUAUGUUAGGUAACUGUCAAGCAGCUGUGUGGAGUGCUUUGAGUGUCCUUUCAGUGAUGUUACAUAGACAUUUUAUCUGCAAUGUGGAGAAGCACUUUCUCAAUGAAAGAAAACCUAGCAAAGGAGCAUAAAGUUAAACAUGAAGUGUGAUGUUUGCUGCAUUUGUCUCUCUGGAAUGCUUGGAGGAUAAAGAUUUGCUUGUCACAGAAGUUUUGAGUCCUCCUUGCAAGUUAGGUCUAUGUUCCGUAAUGUAUUCAGUAUAUGCCUUCCUGUGCAUAUUGUAAAAUAUUAAGACAUUAUGCAAAAAGUUUAUUUUUUGUUUAGUUUCCAAAGUAUCUCACUUGGUUGUUCGUUGAAGCUGUUGGUGCAAUCAACACUCUUUGGGCUGUUUUUGUUUACAGUCUCCUCUUUGUAAGUUUCAUUCUUAAAUGUACAAUCGGAAAUCACUGGUCACUUAUUUGCGCAGUAUGUUUCCAUAUUUAUACCCUACUCUUUAUGAUAUGAGUAUGUAUGGGCUCCUGCUGUCAUGAUGUUAAGUUUGUUUUGUCAUCAUACGUGAUGCGAGUUAAGUUCUGUGCUGAGUCCGUUUAGUCUUUCGUUGUCUCGGUGGGUCAUUUUAGACCAAGCUCAACAAGGGCAAGUGGGUGUGUGCAUGUAUGUGUGUAUUAAUUUAGUCUGGGCUUUGAUACAACAUGUUAGUUGACUAACAAAUAAUGUUAAUAGCAAACACUUAUUUCAAUAAAGAAGCG